AUGUCGUUUGCCACAAUGCAGAUGCCCUCUCGUUCCAUUAUUCUCACCGGGAACUUGCGUGGUGCGUCAUCUAUGCGUAUGGGCAUCCCGUCGAUGGUCCGUGCAUUUCACCCUCCCCGUCCGGCCGUAAGCAUCCCGCGCCUCUCGAACAACUUUGGUAAGACAUGGUCGCUGGGUUUCAUGGCCGGCGGUUCGAUGCUUGCUGGUGGCGCUAUUGCCUGGGCUACCAAGCCAGUGGAGUGUGAUGCGGUCAUGCCUGAGCCGCCAGUCCCUAAGCCUGGCACCAAGGCGGAAGCCAAGAGCAUUGUCAACGUGUACCAGCUCACAUUCGGUACCAUUUGUGGUAUCUGUGCUGGUGUUUUUAUCAAGAAAGGACUUAAGCUUAUCGCUGUGGCUCUUGGCGCUGCGUAUGUGCUCCUGCAGUACCUUGCUUCGAAGCGUCUAGUGAACAUCAACUGGCAGAGCAUGUCCUCCUCGUACGGUCGUGAAAUGGAACGUCUUGCAGGUCCUCUUGACCCGAGCAAAAGCCGAUUCCAGCAAAUGCCUCUUGUGCGCAUCUGGAACCGUCUCGUGGAGUUCCUGACCUCGGACUUCCAGGAGCGUGCGACGUUCAUUGCUGGUCUGGUUCUUGGUCUGCGUCUGGGCUAA